AUGCCCGAGGGUCCGGGGGCGCCGCCCUCUCUCCGGGCGGCCCGGAGCGCCCCGGACCGAGGGCCGUCGGAGCCCGCGCUCUGCCCGCAGCCUCAGACCCUGGCCCCGGGCUCCCGGGGGCUCCCGGGGUCCCCAGGGUCCCCGGGCCCGCGGCGGGGCGCCCCCGGCGGCGUCCCGCAGAAGCUGGCCGAGGCGCGCAGCAGCCAGUACGGGCUGAACGUGUUCGUGGCGGGGCUGCUGCUGCUGCUGGCCUGGGCCGUGCACGCCGCGGGCGUGGGCAAGAGCCUCCUGCUGGGCGCGCUGACGGCGCUCAUGCUGCUGCAGCUGCUGUGGAUGCUGUGGUCCGUGGGCCGCGCCGCCCGCCGCCGCGCCCGCCCCAAGGACACGCAGGCCGGCGCGCGCUGGCUCCGCGGCAGCAUCACCUUGUUUGCCGUCAUCACUGUCAUCCUCGGAUGCCUCAAAAUCGGCUACUUCGUCGGGUUUUCUGCCUGCUUGUCCGCCACUGAGGGCGUGUUCCCCAUCACCCACGUGGUGCACACGCUGGUGCAGGUGUACUUUCUCUGGGGACAUGCCAAGGACAUCAUCCAGUCUUUCAAAACCCUGGAAAGGUUCGGGGUGAUCCAUUCGGUGUUUACCAACCUGCUCCUGUGGGCCAACAGCGUCCUGAAUGAGUCGAAGCACCAGCUGAACGAGCACAAGGAGCGGCUCAUCACCCUGGGCUUCGGCAACAUCACCAUCGAGCUGGAUGACCACACGCCGCCCUGCAACUGCUCCCCACCGGCCCUCUGUGCCGCCAUCUCCCACGGCACCUAUUACCUCUACCCUUUCAACAUCGAGUACCAGAUCCUGGCGUCCACCAUGCUCUACGUGCUGUGGAAGAACAUCGGGCGCAGCAUGGACGGCCCGCAGCACCGCAAGAUGCGCUUCCGGUUCCGGGGGGUGGCGGCGGGCUCGGGCCUGGGCCUGGCGGUGCUGGCGGCCACCAUCGGGGUGGUGGCCGUGUACCUGGUCCGCAUCGGCCGCUCCAAGACCAAGAGCGAGUCCGCGCUCAUCCUCUUCUACCUGUACGCCAGCGCCCUGCUGGCGCUCAUGGGGGCCGCGGGGCUGGCCGGCCUCCGGCUCUACCGGCUGGACGGGCCGUCGCCCGACGAGUCCAGGAACCCGGCCCGCAAGCUGGACGCCGACCUCCUGGUGGGCACGGCCUCGGGCUCCUGGCUCCUGUCCUGGGGCUCGCUCCUGGCCAUCCUCUGCGCCGAGGCCCGGCCCGCCUACACCUGGUACAACCUGCCCUACUCCGUCCUGGUCAUCGCCGAGAAGUACGUCCAGAACCUGUUCAUCAUCGAGGCCGCGCACCGGGCGCCCGGCCCGCCCCGCGAGGACGCCGGGGCCCUGCGGGUGGCCGUGGUCUGCAAUGGUGGCCACGCACCCCUGGCUCCUUCCCGCCUCAAGAGCAAUGCCGUGGCCCGGGACCUGGGCAGUCAGAGGCCACCUGCAGCCAUCGGAAGUCUGUGCCUGAGGGAAGUCAGCGGCCCAGGGGACGCGCAGCCGAGCUGGGCAGGGGCCCGGGCCUCCCGCCUCGUGCAGGGCCGCCCCCAGAGGAGCCUCCUGAGGAACAUCGCAGCCUUCCUGUUCCUCUGCAACAUCUCGCUAUGGAUCCCUCCCGCCUUCGGCUGCCGGCCCGAGUAUGACAACGGCCUAGAGGAAAUCGUUUUUGGCUUCGAGCCCUGGAUCAUCGUGGUCAACCUGGCCAUGCCCUUCUCCAUUUUCUACCGGAUGCACGCAGCUGCCUCCCUCUUCGAGGUCUAUUGUAAGAUCUAG